GUGCCACCACGUUUUACUCCAGCGGACCCGGCGCAAGGGUACCACCCACGAAGAAUAUUCGGAGUACCACCCAAAAGGAUGACAAUCGCUGUGCGGACGACCUGGACGCCGUUCAAUCGAUCUUGAGCGGGUCAAAAUACUCCGGAUGAUUAUCUCCCACGAGGAGGGCCGUGGGAUGGCAUCGGCCACGCCGCUGGCCGCCGUUGGAGGAACUCACGUAGAUGGGAGAAAGAGAAAGACAUGCUCUACCUGGAUGUCAAACACGCGGGUAUACAUGUCGGGCUUGCCGAGACCCGCAGCCUGCAGCCGGUCCGCAGGCGGUAGAUUUCGACGGGAGCAGGUGCUGCGGCUGGCGCUGGUGGCGCGGUGGGCGUCGGAUUGGCCCAGUUCCUGACACCUCUCAGUGUCUUGUAUUCUCCAAUGUUCUCGCGUGUUUACGGUGGGGAGAAAGAAAUUGACCGGCUGUGUGCAACAUCUCAAAACGCUGUCAGGGCAGCCGCCUGCAUCCAAUUUCGUGCCUUACUUUUUACUUCGUUUUUUCUGAUAGUACUGUUUGGUUUGGGGGGGCUCCGUUGCGUCCGAUUCUGUGCCUUGCAGGAUCCCCCUUGUGGCCGACCC